UUGGCGGAAGAGGCGCCAGGGCUGGCGACGAUUGGCCCGGGGGAGGCGGAGGGGUAGGCUGCGCGGGAGGCCGAGAGGGGGCAGCAGGCGAUGGCGGCGGCGGCGGCGGCGGGUCGGCUAGGCUGGUUGCUCGCCGCGCUCUGCCUGGGCAACGCUGCCGGGGAGGCGGCGUCGGGCCCGCGAGUGCUGGGUGUCUGUCUGGAGGAGGACGGAGCGGCGGGCGCGGGGUGGGCGCGCGGAGGGGAGAUGCGGGCCGCUCCGGAGGCCACCUUCCGCCUGCGCCUCUUCGGCUCGGGCUUCGCCAACAGCUCCUGGUCCUGGGUGGCCCCUGAGGGGGCGGGUUGCCCCGAGGGCGGGCCGGCCGCGGCGUCCGACGAGGCGGCGGCCCCCACGGGCGAGUGGCGCGCGCUCCUGCGCCUGCGCGCUGAGGCUGUGCGCCCGCACUCGGCGCUGCUGGCGGUGCGCGGGGAGCCGAGCGGCGCGGCGGCAGAAGAGGCGGCGGCCCCCACGGGCGAGUGGCGCGCGCUGCUGCGCCUGCGCGCCGAGGCUGUGCGCCCGCAUUCGGCGCUGCUGGCCGUGCGUGUGGAGCCGGGCGGCGGGGCAGCCGAGGAGGCGGCGCCGCCCUGGGCUCUGGGCCUGGGGGCGGCGGGGCUGCUGGCGCUGGCGGCGCUGGCGCGGGGCCUGCAACUGAGCGCGCUGGCGCUGGCGCCGGCCGAGGUGCAGGUGCUGCGCGAGAGCGGCUCGGAGGCGGAGCGUGCGGCGGCGCGGCGCCUGGAGCCCGCGCGGCGCUGGGCCGGCUGCGCCCUGGGCGCGCUGCUGCUGCUGGCCAGCUUGGCGCAGGCGGCGCUGGCGGUGCUGCUGUACCGCGCGGCCGGCCAGCGCGCCGUGCCCGCCGUACUCGGCAGCGCGGGGCUCGUGUUCCUGGUGGGCGAGGUGGUGCCGGCCGCCGUGAGCGGGCGCUGGACGUUGGCGCUGGCGCCGCGCGCGCUGAUCCUCAGCCGCCUGGCAGUGCUGCUCACCUUGCCCGUGGCGCUGCCUGUGGGUCAGCUGCUGGAGCUGGCGGCGCGGCCAGGGCGGUUGCGCGAGCGCGUGCUGGAACUGGCGCGCGGCGGCGGCGACCCCUACAGCGAUCUCAGCAAGGGCGUGCUGCCCUGCCGGACCGUGGAGGACGUGCUCACGCCCCUCGAGGACUGCUUCAUGCUGGACGCCAGCACCGUGCUGGACUUCGGCGUCCUGGCCAGCAUCAUGCAGAGCGGCCACACGCGCAUCCCCGUGUACGAGGACGAGCGUUCCAACAUCGUGGACAUGCUCUACCUCAAGGACUUGGCCUUCGUGGACCCCGAAGACUGCACGCCGCUCAGCACAAUCACCCGCUUCUAUAGCCACCCACUCCACUUUGUCUUCAACGACACCAAGCUAGACGCCGUCCUGGAGGAGUUCAAACGAGGGAAGUCCCACCUGGCCAUCGUGCAGAAGGUGAACAACGAGGGCGAAGGUGACCCCUUCUACGAGGUGCUGGGCCUGGUCACCCUGGAGGACGUCAUCGAGGAGAUCAUCAAGUCCGAGAUCCUGGACGAGUCUGAAGACUACCGAGACACCGUGGUGAAGAAGAAGCCUGCGUCUCUGAGCGCCCCUCUCAGGCAGAAAGAGGAAUUCUCUCUGUUCAAGGUGUCUGACGAUGACUGUAAAGUGAAAAUCUCACCUCAGCUGCUCUUGGCCACCCAGCGCUUCCUUUCCCGAGAGGUGGAUGUAUUCAGCCCGCUGCGAAUCUCCGAGAAGGUCCUGCUGCACCUGCUGAAGCAUCCCAGCGUCAACCAGGAAGUGAGGUUUGACGAGAGCGACCGCCUGGCCGCCCACCACUACCUGUACCAGCGCAGCCAGCCGGUGGACUAUUUCAUCCUCAUCCUGCAGGGCAGGGUUGAGGUGGAGAUCGGGAAAGAGGGCUUGAAGUUCGAGAAUGGGGCCUUCACCUACUACGGAGUGUCCGCCCUGACGGCGCCGUCCUCGGUUCACCAGUCCCCGGUGUCCUCGCUCCAGUCCAUCCACCAUGACCCGCUGCCCGAGCCCGCCGAAGGCACCCGCUUGUCUGCAUACUGUCCUGACUACACCGUGAGGGCGCUCUCUGACCUGCAGUUCAUCAAGGUCACGCGGCUGCAGUACCUCAAUGCACUCCUGGCCACCCGAGCCCAGGCCGUGCCUCAGUCCCCUGAGAACGCGGACCUCCAGGCCGUCCCAGGCAGCCAGACCCGGCUCCUUGAUGACAAGAUAGCCACAGCCACAGGGUCCAGCCACAGCAGACCCGGCCUCCCGGCGGAGGAGAGCCCGGGGCGGAACCCGGGAGUUUAACCGCUUGGCUGGCAGCCCCGAGUGUGGGGAACGGACCGUCACGUGGGGAACUGGAGCGAGCCGAGGAGCGGCUUCCUGCCAGCCUGUCCCCACCCCCUGCAGGCCACGUUUUAGAUGGCCCUCGUGGACGCGGCUCCUGGCUGCCCUCGGAGCCAGAGGCCGGUGCCAGGAGCCUCAGCAGGUCCUGCCCCCCUUUAGGAGAUGGGGGUCCGCCGGGGCCAGCCCUCCAGGCCUGCUUCCGAACGGAAUGAAAGGAACAGUGCCAUCUCCAGUCCCUGGGCCAGCCUCCCUGUGACAGUGCAGUGUAUUUAUACCUCUUCUGGCCAAGCCACGAUGUGAGUGCACGAUUACUGCCUUUCUGUGGCCCUGACCUGUACUCUCUUUGCUUUUAAUUUGCCAGCCUUCUGCUGCUGGCAGCACUUUCUGAGCAAACCAGGAGCACCAGUGUGGGCUGGGGGUUCACAUCCAUGGCCUUGGCCUCGGUGACCUUUUCGGCGUCCCUUACGAUGCCAUGCUGCAGAGCACACGCCCGGCCUGUCCCACGUGCCAAACCCGGAAGCAGGUCUAUCGCACCAGCCCCGCUCCCUCCCGUGCGGGUGGCUUUCUCACGCUGGCCCCGGCGGGGCCGAGGAGCCUCUUCCUCCUGCCACUCCUCCGCCUGCCUGGCCCAGUCGCCGCUAACAGUAUUGUCGUUUCCUGUGUUUUAAGAAGAGCUCACGCGUGGGAGGAAGGGACCGCUCUGCUGCACCGAAGCCUUUGUCGUGGGGUUCCGGGGAGGGCAGCCCGCGGCCCCCGGGGGCGCCGUGCGGCCGUCAGGUGCGCGGAGGGCGGCCAGGGCUGGUUGUGAGCCAGGUAGACCCCUCUCCGUCCUUUGGAAAAAAGAACAUGACAUCGGAGUUUUUCUUAGAUCUCUGAAACAUUUCAAGCUCUUUGCUUUUUUCCUGUUCUAGCUCUGGGGUUUUAGAGAAGCGGGAACAAGAAGGCAUUUGUCUCGCCUUCCGGUUCACCUAAACUCACCUUCCACAGCGCUUCAGCUGCACAGAAACCAGGGCAUCGCGGGGACCGAGGAUGGGGAGGGAGGAGGAUUUCUGGAACCUUUCCCAAAGGCAUUUGGGUCCUUAUCCAGGAUCAGUGGGAAUGAAGGCCAAAAAACAGUGGCAUGCUCACUGAGAGACUUUCCUCAAGGAAUUCUCUCCAAGAGCAAACCCAGGUGGGAAGUAGAUACUUUAAAAUUCUCUCUCUCCAGAACAGUGGUUCUUAGCCUUGGCUGCACAUUGGAAAUCACUUGGCAAAUUAAAAAUACUGAUACCUGGGGCCCACCCCCCAGGGAUUUCUGAUUGAAUCAGUCCAGGCAUCAGGAUUUUAUUCUUUAAAAUUAUUUUAGGUUCACAGAUCAUAUACCCUUCACACCCGCUUCCCUGAAUGUUAUCUCACAUAACCUUGGUGCAUUUAUCGAAACUAAAAAAUUAACAUGGGUACAAAACUAUUAACUAAAUUACAGACUUUACUUGGAUUUUUAUCAAAUUUUCCAUCAUGUCCCUUUUCUGUUGCAGGAUCCAAUCCAGGAUACCAAGUUGCAUUCAGAGCUAUUGCUUUUUUUUUUUUUCCUAAGUAACUUUUUACUUUGAAAUAAUUAACAGAUUCAUAGGAAGUUGCAAAGAUAGAGGUCCCAUGUACCCUUCACCCAGUUUUCCUCAGUGAUUACACCUUACAUAGUUACAAUGCAGUAUCAAAACCAGGAAUCUGACACUGGUGCAAUGUGGGCAUAUAGUUCUAUAGCAUCUUAUCAUAUGUAGAUUUGUGUAACCACCACUGCAAUCUAGAUACAGAACUGUUCCUCCCUAGGAUCUCCCUCCAACAGACUCUUUUAGAGCCACCCCCACCCCCUCUGGCCACUGUCCCUAAUUCCUGGCAACCACUAAUCUGUCCAUCAUCUCUAUAAUUUUGUCAUUUCAAGAAUGUUGUAUAAAUGGGAUCUUACAGUAUGUAACCAUUGGGACUGGCUUUUUUCACUCAGCAUAAUGUUCUGGAAUCUCCUCCAGGCUGUUGCGCGUGUCAACGGCUCAUUCCUUCUUGAUUGAUGUGUGGUGUUCCAUCAAAUACUCACUGCCCUGUCUAAGGACAUCUGGGUGGUUUCCAGUUUUUGGCUAUUCCAAAUAAAGCUGCUAUGAACAUUCAUUA